UUGAAAUCAUUUUCUUCGGACGUAUUUAUCAUAAAAGAAUUCUUAUUUUUUAGCCUGGCGGUAUAAUGAAAAUUUGUUAGACAAGGCCUUGUACUAAAAAAUGGCCCCAAAGCCAAAAUUCCAAGAAGGAGAGAAGGUUCUUUGUUAUCAUGGUCCUCUUCUAUAUGAAGCAAAGUGUAUGCGGAUGGAAGUAAAAGAAGGCAAAGUUCAAUAUCUUAUUCAUUACAAUGGGUGGAACAAAAAUUGGGAUGAGUGGGUACAGGAAAGUAGAGUGGUCAAGAAUAAUGAGGCAGGAAUUCAAAAACAAAAGGAGUUGCUGAAAAAUCAUGGUGCACAGACAAAGAAAAACAAAGCAGCAAAGAAGUUGGAGAAGGACGCAACUAAAGCAAAGACCCUAACACCAGGAGGUAAGGAGAAAGAGAAAGAUAAGGAUAAAAGUGCAUCCAAAGACAAGGAAUCCAGCAAAGAGGGCAAGGAGAAAGACAAAUCAGUUGGAGAGAAAACUCCUAAGGAGAAGUCAACACCUAAAGAGAAAAAAGAGAAAGAUAAAGAACCUCGUCAAAGGCCUUCUACUCCACAGCUCUCUACUGGUGAUAAGAAAAAGGAUAAGGAAGUGGAUAAAGAAGCAAAGGAUAAAAAGGAAUCUAAGGAAAAAAUCUCUGAAACCAUUCCCAGCGCUCAGUCAACACCAGUAGUUAGCCAGGACACAUCGCUGUCAUCGCAGACCAAUACCUCCGCUGGGGAGCCUAAAAGAAAGAGAGCUCGGCUAGACCCUACAGUUGAAACAAAGCCGUCAUCUCUAUUGUUUCAGGAAGAAACAUACCUGUCUAAGAUAGAGGUCAAGAUCAAGAUACCUGAGGAUAUUAAACCUGUUCUUGUGGACGACUGGGAUCUCAUCACAAGACAAAAAAUGCUGGUCACCUUGCCAUGUAAACAGACAGUAGAUGAUAUUAUUGAUGACUACAUCAAGACCAAAACCUCCAAGAGCACCAACAUCAACAAAGAUGCCAUGGCAGAAACAAUGCUGGGCUGUAAAGAUUAUUUCAAUGUUAUGCUGGGCUCUCAGCUCCUCUACAAAUUUGAAAGACCUCAGUACAGUGAGAUAUUAUCUGAGUUUCCUGAUAAGCCAAUGUCUAGCAUUUAUGGUGCCAUCCAUCUUCUCAGACUAUUUGUUCGACUGGGCAAUAUGCUGGCCUUCACAUCCCUAGAUGAAAGGACAGUUCAUAUCUUAUUAAACUAUAUCCAUGAUUUCUUAAAAUAUUUAUCUAAAAAUGGAGCCGCCCUUUUUAAAAUUUCCAACUAUGAAAUAGCCCCCCCUGAUUACCACAGAAAAGCUAUAUAGUUUUAUGUAGUUGACAUGUAUAUCUAAUUGUCAUUUUCAUGUCAUUGACAUCUGUAAUUGUCAUUUUGAUCUAAUUAAAAUUGUUUCAUAAAAAUCUG